GCUGUUAUUUAUUUGUUUGUUUAUUUGUUUGUUUUAUAACCUCCCCCCUUCCAGCUUGAAAUAUCUCCCGGCCGGAGGUAGACUUUGGCGAGGGUCGAGUCGAGUCCACGGCGUGUAACGGCGCUAGGCCUGGCUGUGAGGGCCCCGUUGCCAUGAUUCUGCUGAGAUAUCAUCAUUGUAUUAUUCUAUAAAUCUUCAGCUGGAAGUUUUUUUUUAAAAAAAGCACACACAGUUAUCUAAUGAAGCUUACCAUAGACUCAAGGAGCUGUUGUAUUUGGCCUUAAGAAUAUAUAGCAGCCCAAUUUUUGUGUGUGAACUGCUUUCUGCAAUAUACUUUUCUACACAAAAAAAUGCAAUCUUCAAAAAGUAAAAAAGAAUAUUCAGGAGCUUUCUAUAAGCCUCCAUUAGCUGUCCAGAAGACCAGUGCUGAGAUCAUAAACGAAGCACGGAAUACACUAAGAACCUUAAGAACUCGAAGACCAUUUACACCAAGAGAACAACAAAGGAAACUUUUUGGAUCUGCCUCAUCAAGGACACCUGAAAAUAGGCCACCUUCUACUUUUAGUCUCCACGCUUUCAACUUUGAAUCAGUUGAAUCAAGGACUGUCUCUUGUGCACGCCUCAACCCAUUGGAUCAUAAGCCAAAACUGCUACCAUCAGCCACAAGUGAAGAAGAGCAUUCUGUUUUCCCUGCAAAGCUACCAGUGGAUUCAGAAGAGGUUAGAAAAGUCAGCAAUGCUCGUGCACUUUUGUUUAAAACUGCAGCUUGUGGAAAUCUUCUCCCUGAUAAAGUGUUUCUUCCCGUUGAGAGCAAGAGACAAAAUUUUGAAGAACAAGCUGCCAUGAGUGAUAUUUCAAAAAGCAGUAAUGCAAAUUUUCCAGAAAAACUGACUGUCCAGAUGAAUUUUAAGGAUAAAUGUGCUCCACUAACUUAUAAAGAGCAUCACAGUAAGAUAUCACCUUCUUCUCAAUUCAGCAAUCAAAGCAAUCCAAUUAACAGUCAGGAAAGUCCAUUAUCAAGUUCAGACAACACAGAAGGGGCCAAAUCUUCAAAUAAAUCAGAAAAUAAUGUGGAUGCAGAUGAGACAGAAGAGGAAGAAAACUACUGGAAUAUGAAAGUUUUACCAAUUUUACAUGAGUUAGAGACUGAGGACAAUGUAGAAAAUCUUUGCCAUGCUUGUACUAUUCUCUAUCAAGUCUUGGAAGAAGGAAAUAUGCUUGGCAAGCGAUUUAAAAGGCGAAGUUUGUGUCUGAAGACUUUAUACAAAUUAGUUGACAUCGCUUCAGAUUCCCUCAGCCUGAAACUUGCAAAAAUUAUUCUAGAUCUAAAAGUGAGUGGGAAGAAUUUACUUAAUGUUUGCAAACUGGUAUUUAAAAUAAGCAGAAAUGAAAAAAAUGACUCCCUCAUUCAGAAUGACGGGAUAUUAGAUUCUCUGCUUGAAAUUCUGGGAACUGAAGACCUGGGAACAAAUACUGAAGCCUUUCUCUAUUGUAUGGGUGCUAUAAAAUUCAUUUCUGGAAAUGCAAGGCUCCUUAAUGAGAUGGUCAACAAGGGAAGUGUUGGGAUGCUGGUGCAACUAAUGAAACAAAUUAAUGACAUUGAUGAAAAUGAUGCUCAGUUUUUCAGUCCAGGACACCUCUUGGUGCAGCUCACUGCCAUUUUGCGAAACUUGGUUGACUUGCCUGAGUCAAGGAGCAAACUCCUGGAAUAUAGAGCGAUUCCAGAGCUCUGUCUGGUAUUGGAGAAACAUAUAAGUGAUAAGGAUGUAUGCACCAAUGUGGCCAGAAUAUUCAGCAAACUUUCUUCCUUCAAUGACUGCUGUACAGCUUUGGCAGAUUGCUCCAGAUGUUAUGUCUUAUUUUUAGCCCUGCUAAACAAACACACAAAGAAGCAGGAUUUAGUUGUUCGUAUCAUUUUCAUUCUUGGCAAUUUGACAGCGAAGAACAGUCGAGCCCGGGAACAGUUUUUGGAAGUGCAAGGAAGCAUUGACAUCCUGGUAGCACUAUUUCAAUAUAAUUGUGAAGCUGAUGUUAAUGGUAAACAGUGGAAUGAUGGUGGCGAAUUUAAAAAACUCAAGCACCCUUCUGAAGCUGAAGAUGUCCUCAUUAAACUUAUAAGAGUAAUUGCCAAUUUGUCCAUUCAUCCUUGUGUAGGCGCAAGUCUGGCAAAUAACCAUCAGAUUGUGGGAUUACUUAUUAAAGUACUAGAAUACAAAUCAGUGGAGGAAUGUGAGGAGCUGGUUAUUAAUACCACAGCAACAAUCAACAAUUUAUCCUUCUACCAAGUGAAGGAUUCUGUAAUCCAAGAGAGGAAAUUAUAUAUUGCAGAGUUGCUUUUGAAGCUGUUCAUGAGCAAUAAUAUGGAUGGAAUUCUGGAAGCUAUUCGAGUCUUUGGUAAUCUUUCUCAGUACCAUGAAAUAUGUGACUUCAUUAUACAGCGAAAGGUGUACAAGUUCAUGAUUACUUUGCUUGAUGCCAAACACCAAGAGGUCUGCUUUUCGGCCUGUGGAGUUCUCAUAAAUCUUACUGUGGAUAAAAACAGGCGUAGUAUACUGAAUGAAGAAGGAGGAAUUAAAAAGUUAAUUGAUUGUUUAAGAGACUUUGGGCCUACAGACUGGCAGCUUGCUUGUUUAAUAUGCAAAAUUUUGUGGAACUAUAGUGAAAAUAUUACAAGUGCUCAGCCCUGCUUUGAAGAUGAUGAUACAAACACUCUGCUAGUUCUUCUUACUUCAUUUUUAGAUGACGAAUUGGCCCUGGAUUACAGCUUUGACAGUGAUUUAAGAGAGUAUCACAAACUUUAUUGGGAAACAGAAUUCAAACCUGUGGCACAGAAGCUACUUCAGAAAAUUCAGAACAGAAUAUUUAGUUGAGCUCUUGAACUGUUACUUGAUUUUAAGGUGGGUGUUGAGAAUAUCAGUGUAAAGGACACUUCAGUGGCUGUUUAUGUAAGUUGUUUGCUAUCAGAACGUUUGAACAUGCUGUUUCCAUAGAAAAUGUCUAAGUAGAUUAUUUUUGUAUUUAAUGUGUACAUUGGAGAAUACCUGUUCUUAGUUUUCCAGUGGCAUUUAAGGGUUAUAAAAAUAAACCAGCUACAGCAUUUGGA